AUGUCAGGCACAACUUCCCUCCCCGCCGCUGAAAUCGCCAAAACCGCCCGACAGGCGUCGUUUACCAUCAAGUCCCUCCCAGGGAGCGACCGAGAUCUAGCUCUUGACGCUAUCUACGAUGCUCUACUAGCAUUCAAAGAUGACAUCCUUGCUGCCAACGCAAAGGAUAUGGAAGCUGCGGCUGCUCUAGUCGCAGAGGGGAAGUUGUCACAGAGUCUUGUAAAGAGAUUGGAUUUAAGCCGGUCUGGGAAGUAUGAGGAUAUGCUGCAGGGGAUUAAGGAUGUUAGAGGGCUUGAGGAUCCGGUCGGCAAAACCACACUCGCCACCAAGCUCGACGAUAACCUCACUCUUCACCGGUACACCACCCCGAUCGGUACACUUCUUAUAAUCUUCGAAGCUCGUCCCGAAGUUAUCGCAAAUAUCUCUUCACUCGCCAUAAAAUCUGGCAACGCUGCAAUCCUCAAGGGUGGGAAAGAAUCCUCAUACUCCUUCGCCGCCAUCGCAUCUGUCAUAUCCGAAGCCCUAUCAUCCACUAGAAUCCCACCGGGGGCAAUACAACUCGUUCAGUCUCGAGAAGCCGUUAAGGAUUUAUUAGAUCAGGAUGUCUAUAUUGACCUUGUCAUCCCUAGAGGAGGGAAUGAUUUGGUUAGGUAUAUUAAAGACAAUACGAAGAUUCCGGUGAUGGGACAUGCGGAUGGACUUUGUUCUACGUAUGUACAUGAGGAUGCGGAUGUUAAGGUUGCGGUUGAUGUUGUUGUUGAUGGGAAGACGGAUUAUCCGGCGGCAUGUAAUGCUACCGAGACAUUGAUCGUGCAUAAGGAUGUGCUUGGGAGUCAUUUACCGUCCAUUGCGAAGGCGUUACAGGAGAAAGGGGUUAGCAUUCGCUGCGAUGAAAGGAGCUUGGAAAUCUUGAAAGCAGUGUCAGAAGCCGAGUUCCCUGCUUAUGCGAAAUCAAUGCUUCAACUGGCUACGGAACAAGACUUUAAUACCGAGUUUUUGGACCUUACUAUCGCCGUCAAGACAGUGGAUUCUUUACAGGAGGCAGUAGCGCAUAUCAACUCUCAUUCAUCGUCACAUACGGAUGCGAUCGUUACUACUAGCAAAGACUCUGCGGAUCUGUUUUGUAGAAUGGUGGAUAGCGCAGGGGUUUAUGUUAAUGCUUCCACGAGGUUUGCGGAUGGAUAUAGGUAUGGCUUUGGAACGGAGGUGGGGAUCAGUACUAAUAAGAUCCAUGCGAGAGGACCUGUUGGAUUGGAGGGAUUGAUGAUUUAUAAGUAUGUGAUUAGAGGGGAAGGGCAUACGGUUUCCAUGUAUGGGGAAGGUGGGAAGAAGUAUUUACAUGAGAAGAUUGAGUUUUGA